CUGGCGCCGGGUGCCGACAGUGUGCGGCCAGGUGCCUCCUGCACCACAACACAUCUCUCCACCUCCUCCGUCAGUGCCAACACCCACGCCGUUAACGGUGCCAGUGUUGCGAAAGUGUUUCAGCGCACACCGAAGGAAGUGUUCAAGAAUUAAAUUAACACUUUUCCCCUAUAACAAGUGUUUCCGCAAGAUGCCAGGAGAGAGCCACUCUGACGUGCCGGCCGCAGUGCCGUUGCAGAUCGCUCUACAGGCCUCAGGUUUAGCCUUAACCAACGGCCUCUCACCAAAUAGUGAACAACCCAAAUCUAUAAACUGUGCAGAGUGUCAGAAACCAGCGACGAUCGUGUGCGGAGGGUGCUGGCAGCUGGGGUUCUGUGCGCGAGACCACCAGAUAACCGGUUGGGUCAAGCACCGGCCAAAGUGUCGCCCAUGGCGCAUUGGCUGCUCGUCAGAGUUGGGUCGCUUCAUGGUGGCCACCAGAGACAUCGCACCUGGAGAACUGCUCUUAGAAGACAAGCCACUCUUGCUGGGACCCAAGAUGCUCACGGAGCCAGUCUGCCUCGGGUGUUACCGUCCCCUCAGCAACGGGGAUCACCAGUGUCGGGGGUGUGGCUUCCCCAUUUGUGGCUCCCAGUGUGAGGGCACCGACGACCACGAGGCAGAGUGUAAAGCUGUUAGGGACUCUGGCAUCCCCGUCAAAGUAUCAGUCUACGGCGACAUCAACAGUAUGUACGAGUGUAUCACACCCGUCAGGAUCUUGGCUCUCAGAGACACUGACCCGAGCGUGUGGAACAAGAUGAUGGCACUUGAGAGCAACAGUGAAAUGCGCGUCGGCACUGAGGUGGCUGCCAUCACCCAGCAGACGGUCGUAGACAUCAUACACGACAGAUUGAAACUCGAAGAAUACGACACAGAAACAAUAGAGAAGGUACUGGGCGUCAUUGAUACUAACGCCUUUGAAAUCCGUCUUCCAGAUUCGAGUAUCUUGGGAGUAUACGAGAAGGCGUCCAUGUUGGAACACGACUGCGUUACCAAUACUCACCGCACGUUUGACGCUGAUCUCAAUCUCGUAGUUAGAGCCGCCAUUCCCAUCAAACGCGGGGACCACCUCACCUCCUGCUACACUGACCCCCUCACAACCACAUCCACCAGACAGGAACAUCUACGCUCCUCAAAAUAUUUCAUUUGUAGUUGCAAGCGCUGUGUAGAUCCCACGGAACUGAAGACCUACGUGUCCGCCCUGAAGUGUGCGGACUGUGUUAAGAAGAGAGCCGAGGAGGAGAGCCAGAAGAAGAGCUCGCCGCAGGGCAAGCAGCCAGCAGGGCGAGGAGCCGUCAGGGGAGGGAAGCGCGGGGGAGUCAUGAGUCGUAUCUCACAGUUCCAGAACGCUGGUGCAGACGGGCCGGCGUCCAGUAAGGAAGGCGGUGCAGAGGGCGAUGACGAGCCGGGUCCCUGGAUAGUCCCACAGGACCCCAUCUCGCCAUCUUCGACCUGGAAAUGCUUAUCCUGUGGGUUUCCUACCUCGGACGACUAUCCGGAUAGGAUCACUGAAGUAGUGGCCGAAGAGGCAGAGGAAUUGGAGGCGUCUUCGCCUACAGUGGCACAGUGUGAAGCAUUCCUGGAGAAGUGGAACCACCUCUUCCACCCGGACCACGCCAUCUUCAUCAACGUCAAAUACGCGCUGCUGCACUUAUAUGGCUCUGAGGAAGGGUACGAACUGGACGACCUCACCCCCAUACACCUAGCAAGGAAGGAGGAGCUGUGUCGCAAUGUGCUCAAGGUCGCAGACAUCCUCGUGCCAGGUAUCUCCCGGCUACGAGGGUCGGUGCUCUACGAGCUCUACCAGUCACUGUUCUACAAGGCUCGCGCUCUCUUCCUGGUGGGGGCUGCCACCAGCGAGCAGUCUCGCAAGCUGGCCAUGGAGGCAAUGACAGCUCUGAAGGAGUGUGCUCGGGUCCUAAGCUACGAACCCGAGGUGCAGCCGGAGGGCCAGCUCGGCCUGGAGGCCAAGGAGGAGAUCAAGCAGCUGCAGAAGUGGAUCAAGGAGGAGGGAUGGAAGUUCUGAGGACGGGGUCUAAAUAGUUAGCAUAUUUUAGUAUUAUCCUGAAUUACAAUUACAUGACCCAGAUAGAAAACAGUUUAGUGCAUACGGCGUCGUUAGCUUCUAUACAAUAAUUGGAACCCAACCACUCCAAGUAAACUCCAGCUGACCACUGUAUACAACCUCAAGUAUCCUCAUUUGAUAAUGAUAAAAUCCAAUACAGCACUUACCACCAUUCUCGUCUUUAAACGUCUGUAUAAACCUGUAGUAAUUUGUUCCACCUUCAAGUCCUGUGUUAUUGUCUGUUUGAUACUGGGUAAUAGCACUAUAUUACACACAAUUUUAAUAUGAAUAGUUAAAAUGUCUCGUCGGUGUUAACGUUGUGUUUAAAAAGAGAUUCUCAAGUUUCUCACUUACGUACAAGUAGGGGGGGGGAAUAUAUUAUUUUACAAAUGUUACCCUUCAGCGCGACAGGAGAAUGUAUAACAGAAAAUUAAAAUUAAGGGUAACAUCUGUAAAAAUGUAAAGGAUCACGAUAAUUUGUGUGUUUUUUUUAGAAAAGUUUAAACAAGUCAGUCUAGCUGUCCAAUUUAUAGUCAUCAAACAGAAAUUUGUAUUUACUUAUAUAAAUUUGUACAUUAUCCCUACGAUACAUUAAUUAUACAUAGAUUUUAAACAUUUGCAAACACCUAACAGAAAGUAUAUAUCAUUAUUUGGCUACAUGCUUGUGUCAGGGUAGACAGGAUCGAGAUACAUACACCAGUACGUAUACCCUACGAUUGAUUGAUAGAAAUUAA